AUGCAUAAAAAGAAGCGAGCUAUAGGUAAUGGGAAUUUAACCGAACACAAAGAUCCACCUGAACCAGAAAAGCCAAUCAUUAAAAAAGAAGUCAACGACUUUGAUGACUUAGAACCGACCUGCAGAGUAUGUUUAAAACAAGGCGAUAUAUUAAUAUUUGGUAAUUCUGAUUCGAAUGAUAUUUCUGAAGCACUAUCGACAUUUGGCGGCAUAGAAGUUAAUAUUAAUGAUAAAUUCCCUAAAUUUCUUUGUCACCCAUGCCACAAUCUUCUUCAAGGCGCUAUAUUACUCAGGAAAACAGCCCAAAAAUCUGAUGAAAUAUUAAAGCAGCCACAUGAUAAUUCAGAUGUCGACGAACCUUUGCUACAUACAAAUGAUAGCUACAAUGACUUUGGCAUUGAAAAUGGGUUAAAAAAUCACGAGAAUUACCACUGUAAGAAAUGUGAUUUAACUUUUGAUUCAUUUGAGUUAUUGAGUGAACACAGAUUGUCCGAAGAACAUGAGAAUAUGAGACAGACAUGUUCAAUUUGUAACAGAUCAUAUGCAACAUUAUAUUUCAAAAGACACAUGUCUUUACACAAUUUAGAGACUCCUUAUAUGUGUGAUAUAUGUGGGAAGAAAUUUGUUAUACAAGGACAAUUUAAUCGGCACAGAAUGACACAUUUCCAUAAUCUACCGUUCAAAUGCGCUUUAUGUCCCUACAGAGGCAGAUUUAGGGAGUCCCUUAAAAUGCAUAUGAGGUCUCAUACUGGGGAGAAGCCAUAUCAAUGUUCAGAAUGCUCGUCUCGGUUUGUUAAUAAGAGUAAUCUGAACAAACAUAUGUUAACUCAUAAAGGCGAUCAUGACUUUAAAUGUGAGGCGUGUGGGCGAGGGUUUUAUACUAAACGAGAUCUCGACUUGCAUUUUAAAGUUGAUCAUACGGGUAUUAAAGAUCAUUUAUGUAAUGUGUGCGGAAAAGCCUUCGGUUAUAGAAAACAAAUGAUGAAACAUCAAUUGAAAGUGCAUAAGAGGGAAAAGCUUAGGAGUGGCAGAAUGCCUUUGUAUUUGCAAUUCGAAACUAAUAAAGAAGUUUAA